GAAUUGACCUGCAUUCAAAAUGUUUAAUUUUGUUUUAUGUUUGCUGGGAAAUAAAUACAGUUUUGCAACAGCUUCUCCGGGCUUGGAUAGAUGUACUUCCCUUCUUUCUUCCGGAGAAGUAAAACCGAGCUGAAUCCCAAAAUUUGAUGCAGCUAUUAUGCCGUGAAAUCUUGACAAACAUGGAAUAAUGUAACCGAUUCUCUUCACCUCGCGGUCACUUUAUGGCAACAGAUCGAUUGUAUCAUCCUCGGGAUAAGCUCAUCCUCCCCUCAGAUUUGAGUUUCCUGUUGAGAACAAACUCUUUAAAUCAAGGACACUCUGCGCGCAAAGGACAAACAAUACUGGAAAAUACUUUGAGCAAAUCCGCUGCAAAAUGCCUAAAGCAUUUAUGGAUGAAUACCAAUCUCUUCUUAUUAAAGAAAUCAAAGACACAAAGCGGACAAAGCUUCCCAACAAAUCACUUCUGCUGGCUGUGUGUGCUGCGUGUAUAGGGGGAACCUUUCAGUAUGGAUAUAAUAUAUCCGUCAUCAAUGCGCCCACAACGUAUGUGCAGAAUUUCAUCAACCAAACCUGGAGGGAGCGUUACCAGACUGACAUAUCAGAAGAUGUUCUCACCCUGCUUUGGUCCUCUAUCGUGUCUAUAUUCACCAUAGGAGGACUUAUAGGAGCAACAAUCGGUGGGACGAUGUCUGUGAAGCUGGGGAGGAAAGGGACACUGUUGACCAAUAAUAUAUUUGCAUUAAUGGCUGCUCUGCUGAUGGGUCUGAGUUACUCUACAGGAUUAUUUGAAUUACUCAUCAUUGGACGUCUUCUCACGGGAAUAAAUGCGGGCAUUGGCAUUUGUGUUCAACCUCUGUAUUUGGGGGAAAUAGCUCCAACUGCACUUCGUGGUGCCAUGGGAAUGGGAACGUCUAUUUUCAUCACUGGUGGGAUCUUGACUGGACAAGUGAUUGGCCUCAAAGAGCUCCUGGGCAGAGAGGAGUACUGGCCCAUCCUGCUCUCCACCACAUGUAUCCCAGCAUUCCUGCAGCUCCUUAUCCUGCCCUGGUUCCCAGAGAGCCCGCGCUACCUGCUCAUUGACAAAGGAGAUGAUGAGGGAUGUAAGAAAGCCCUGAAGCAACUGCACGGUGCUGGCUAUGAUGGUGAAUGGGAGGAUAUCGAGAAGGAGAAGAAUAAUUUAGUAGGUUUCCAGGCCAAGAAACCCUGGGAGCUCUUCACUGAUCGUAGUGUCCGCUGGCAGCUUCUCACCAUCCUGCUGCUCAACGCUGCACAACAGCUGAACGGCAUCAAUGCUAUUUACUUCUAUGCAGAUUACUUGUUCACCCAAUCCGGUAUCCCCGCUGAUAAAAUACCAUAUGUGACCAUUGGCACUGGUGCCUGUGAAUGCAUCACGGCUUUAACAUGUGGUAUGCUCAUUGAAUGUCUGGGAAGGAAAGCGCUCAUCACAGGAGGAUACACACUGAUGAGUAUCUGCUGCAUUUUUUUCACUCUGACACUCACUUUUCAGGAUGCCAGUCCAGUCUUUCCAUACUUGAGCAUGGUGUGUGUAUUUGCUUUCAUCCUGAGUUUUGGCUUAGGACCAGGUGGCGUGACUAACAUCUUGACCACUGAACUAUUCACACAAACCUCACGCCCCGCAGCGUACAUGAUCGCAGGGUCAGUGAACUGGCUCAGCUUCUUCUUCAUCGGCCUGGCCUUCCCUUUUAUUUUGAUCGGGCUGCAGCAGUACUGUUUCCUGGUGUUCUUGGCCAUCUGCUCCUCAGUGGCAACGUACAUUUUCCUUGUCGUUCCUGAAACCAAGAACAAAACCUUCCUCGAAAUCCAGAAUGAGUUCCAGGCCUCCAACAACAGAAAGGCCUGCAAUGGGGAUGGAGCAGGGACAACACUGUUAUCAACUUCUAUAUGAAAUAUAACCCAUGACUCAGGGGGUCGAGCAAGUUUUUUUAAUGUCUCCCAAUAUUUAUGUCACAAAGAUGUGUAAUUGCCAUGAGGAUUUAUAGUCCACACACACAACACAAUAGAUCACUAUAGAAAAUGUAUUAAAUGUAAUAAUAAAUGAUACUGUAAAUGAUGGUGUCUUGCUUGAACUUCAGAGAUGUACUGGGUUGUCUUAAUUACAUAUCGUCAGUUCACCUACAAACAUAAUUGAAGUGAUCUUAAUAUAAAUAUUUUGGUAUGAUACAUUUGUGAAGGGUGCUCUACUGGGAUUUUUCAAUAAAGAUCAAUUCAUGAACCAGCGUGAACAAG